AUGACGGAACAGUCAUCAAGUCCACAAGAGGCACCGCUGUCCGCACUGAGCUCGUCGACACUUGGUUCAGCACCGAAGCGGAUACGACAUCGAGAGACCCAGAUCGAGUCGGCGUACGAGCUGCAGCGAAAUGCGGCUGUGAAAGGGGCUCUCUUCUACACGUUCCUCGGAGCAUCAAGCUGUCUCAUGGCACACCACCUAUUUCCCGGAUUUCGACGACAGACACUUGCGCUGAAAGGAUUCAUCACUUCCGGCUUCACCAUCUUCGGCUUUGUCGUGGGCGCAGAUACUGUGUUGCUCAGUCACGAAUCCCAACAACGUUCCGAGGAGAAUAUGGUGAGGAGUAGAGCGAGAGCCGAGUUGGGUAGAAAGGGAAUCGUUGCAAGCGAGAAGGAGAUCGAGAAAUGGAAGGAAGAGUACAUUCAGCAGAAAUUGGAGGAGAGAAGGCAGAGGAGGGAGCAGGCGCUGAGGCGCUUGGAGCAGGAGGAAGAAGCGUCUUCAAACUCAACGUCCUAG